AUGUCGUCGCACCACGCGCGUCUGACGCGCUUCUACGAGAAAUACAACGCCGACAAGCUGCAUGAGAUCAACAGCGUCAUGGAGCGAUUCAAAGGACGCGAGGCGCAGCUGUUCUCGGCGCUCGUGAAGAAGUACGGCCCUGAACCGGCCGAGGACGAGGUCUUUGAAUCUGCUGCUACGUCGGACACGACGGAGACCGGUGCGGCUUCAAGUGGCGAACCAGGCGAGUCGCAGGUGGCACAGGAGUACACUCACGAGCGACUGUUGGCUUUCUAUAAGAAGCAUAACCCCGAGAAGAUCGGCAACGUGGCUCAGGUGCUGGCCAAGUACAAGGACAACGAGUCAAAGCUAUUUGAUGCGCUGGUGAAGAAGUACGGGCCGGAGCCAGGCGACUCGGACGAGGAAGAAGAUGAUCAGGACAAUGAGGAGGACGAGGGAGAAGAGGGCGAGGUGGAGAAUGAUGGAGACGAGGACGAGAAGGAGGAGGGGGGCAGCUCGCCCAAGAUGUGCGACGUGAUGUACUGUCCUAUUGACACGUUUCCGCCCGAGUACUGUGAGUACGGCCCCAUGUUCAACGAGUGCAAGCCGUGGCUGGCCGAGCACUGUCCGGAUCUUGUGCUCACCAAGUACAAUCGCACGGUAGCAGAGCUAUUGGAGGUGGAGCAACAGAUUGCCGAUGGCGUCGAAGGCAUUUCACUCGAAGUGGAGGGCAAGACGGUCAAGAAGAAGAAGAAGAGCAAGAUUGAGGAGGCGGCAAAGCGGAAAGAAAACUGCAUUGUGACGAUCUCCAAGAGCUCGCGCAAGGGGCGCAAGCGUCUCACGUUCGUCACGGGGCUCGAGGAUAUUGAGGGCGUCAAUAUCAAGGAGGCCUGCAAGAGUAUGGGCAAGAAGUUUGCCUGCAGCUCGUCAUUGUCCAAGACAGACCAGGGUCAGCAACAGAUUCAGCUGCAGGGCGAUUGUGUCACUGAGCUAUUGGAGGUGCUGCCAGAGGUUUUUGGCGUGCACGAAGACCAGAUCAUCGUGAUUGACGAGCCCGUCAAGGCAGCAAAGAAGACAAAGAAGUAG